GCUUGAGUUGUUGUUUCUUCAAAUCGUGGUCAGAAGAAACACAGUUUGUUAUUUCACAUACAAGAUUUAGGAGACCAUGGUGGUAUUACUGAAGUGUACAGAGUCUACUGAUCACUGAGGAACACUUUAUGAGUGCCAUGUUCUAGUCUGCUGUCAAGUCAAUGAGCUCGAUGGUGGAGAAGGCUUGAGAACAACUUCUGUUUUACACAGUAAAAGUACUUUACAGAAGUCUGCCUGGAUGGAAACAUAAGGAUAAAGACUAAGGAAAGAAAAUCACAACACACAUACAAUUCAGGACCAAAGGGGAAGGAGAGGACAGGAGUGCAGAGAGGGGGUGUUGGGGAUGGGGUUGAAGAGCCAACGGAGGACGUCAUGGUUCACAGCGGCUCUGCAUCCCCAAUGAAAACAACACCAUCAGCAUCACCUCAUUUAACUGUGACUGCUACAGCACCUCCUCUAGUGCCUCCCCCUGGAGAUUCUACAGAUCAAGACCUAACCCAGACCCCUACCAAACUCCUCACCAAAGACCUUACCUCUAACUCAGACCCGACACAGCCCUCUACUCCAACUCCUGCUGAUCCUGAGCCCCCUGUUGUAACUGCUGGAGAAGCACUUACUCCUAAUUCAACCCCAGUAUCAUCCUGGUCUUCUACACAGACAUCUACUGCUGCUCAGGGUCCAGUCAAUGGCCGUACGUCAGGCAGGAAGAGGACGCCUAAAGCCUGUGACUGUUGUGGCCCCAACAGUACGGGACAUGAUGUUAGAGCCUUGGGCAGAGGGAGGGGGAGAGGGAGAGGAAGAGGGAGAGGGGCCAUUAGGGACCUCGGGGACACCCCUAAAAGAAAAGUGGAUGGCCAGCUGACACGUUUCAAGUGUUUUGAUUUGACCAAGGAGACGGGAGAGGAAGCAGAAGAUGACGAUGAAAGACAUGAGAAGGUGCAAAAGACUGUAGUAGUGGCUGAAACUCAGUCACAAAUAUCUGUUGCUCCCCCUGCCAAAGUCUCCCUGCAGGAGGGACCAAUAAGGAACUAUGUUGCUCCGGAGAAAAGCGAUGGACAGAAAAAGGAGGACAUGUUGAUGGAUGUGUCAGGGAGAAAAGGAGGCGGUGACUGCAAGAAUGUAGAGAUGAUAUUGUCAGGAACAGUGGGCAGGGGAGCACCAGUAGUAAGAGAGAGUGGAGGGAGGGUAAUGGUGGGAGCUACACUUGCAUCAAAAAUGAAAGUAGACGGUGGAAUAAAGAGGGGAGGUUCAGGUGGUGUUGUCAUCAAUUCUAAAAUCAAUGCACCAGCUCCAUUGGUGUUUGUGCAAAGGCAAAACAAAGAUGCACAGAUGAACCAUGGAGAGCAGACUGACCCCAGCUCACUUAAAGCUCCAUUUGGAAAUGGAGACACUGUAAAUCUGAGUGACACCGAACCUGCAGAGGAGACUAAAGACGGUGACAUAAUCAUGAGUGAAGUGAAAAAUGGAACGCUUUCUAUCUCGCGGCCAUCAGAUCCCGCUUCAAGGUCAGGAUCUCCUCUGGAUCUGGACUCUGAGAUGCAGGUGGACAAGACUCCUGACAAAACGGACUUGGUGUCUGUUCCAGUAACUCUGUCCAACGGAAAUGUCACCACACCAACAAGUGCUGACCACUCCUCCACACUUAUGGAGGUGGAAACUUCUCAUCCAACUUUGAUUGCACCUCCAUUCCGGGGCCCGAUCACAGUGAGCAGCAUGGAGCACAGCAGGGCAUUAAGAGACCACAGGCUGUACUGUCAGCGUGGAACCUGGGAGAAGGAGGGGGUGGAAGAAAACUGGGACAAAGAGCUGUCAGAAGACACAAAGGGACAAAAGAUGGAUGUGGAGAAGCAGAAUGAUAAAGAGCAGCUUACAGAUAUGAUCCACGAGUUUUUGGAGAGUUUCUACAUGAAGUACGGCAGUUUCAUUCCUCUCAGUGAGACUGAUGUUUUGGAAUACCUGAAGAAGAAAGGAAACUCUGACCUCAGCAACAGGGGACUGGACAUUAAAGGGGAGAUGACUCGGUACAGGGCGGCGCUGGCCUCUGCUCCUGUCGCAGGUUUCAUGGUGACGUAUAACAAACACACCCUGGGCCUGGAGGACCUCGGCACACUGGAGGAACAGAAUUGGCUUAAUGACCAGAUUAUCAACAUGUAUGGUGAACUCAUCAUGGAGGCCACAGAACACAAGGUCCACUUUUUCAACAGUUUUUUCCACAAGCAGCUGGUUGCCAAGGGUUACGAGGGCGUGAAGAGAUGGACUAAAAAAGUUGACCUGUUCUCCAAGUGGCUGCUGCUAUUUCCCAUCCACUUAGAAAUCCACUGGUCCCUCAUCACGGUCACCAUGGCAACCAAAACCAUCAGUUACUACGACAGUCAGGGAAUCGUCUUCAGACACACUACAGAUAACAUUAUGAAAUAUCUUCAGUCUGAAGCCAAAGAAAGACAACAGACAGCUUUCCAGAAAGGCUGGAAGAUAACCAUCAUCAAGGGUAUUCCUCAGCAGAAGAACGACAGCGACUGUGGAGUUUUUGUCCUCGAGUACUGCCGAUGUCUGUCUGUGAAGCAGCCACUGCUGUUCAGUCAGGAGGACAUGCCUCGCAUCCGCAAGAGAAUCCACAAGGAGCUGUGUGACUGUCGCCUCAACGAUUAAACGACUGAAUAAUAGUCCCUUUCACUCACUGACUGCUCGCCUGGUUACAUGAGACGUUGUGUCCAAACCUGUCAGACGACCUCUGUCACUGACAGUCCGUCACGUAAGCUAACACAACCCGGCCUUCGGUGUUCCAGGGAGCCCGAACUACAGAAUGGCUGCUCACUUUUGGUUACUUUUGGAGUUCAAUAAUAAUCUGUAGCUAAUCAGAUUUUUACUGGCAAAGAACUACUGACGUGGCCCUCUACUGACCCACAGAAAUGCUGGACCCAUCAGGUUGUUAUUGCGUUGUGCAUUUAUCUUUCUCCGUGGAUUUCAACUAAAUGGCCACAUGGUCUGUUAAGGACACAAGAGAGCUCUGAAUUGGACCGAGGACACAGGCGUCGGACCAGCCUGGACCAAUGGGACGGACCUUCCAUCCCAAAUGGAGUGGCCUUACCUCCCUGAUGGCCAUUUUAACCUGAACGACAUUUUUAACUGUUUUAGCAUCAUUUUAUGCAUUUCAUGCUGGACUUUACAGCAGUGUCAUGCUUACAGUUAUAUGCUUGUUUUUCUAACAUGUUUAUUAAAAUUAGGAUGUUUCGAUUCAGUGGACCAACCGUUCACUUAAAACUUGAAGGUUUGAGUUGGUUUCCUCCUCCUGGACAUCAGAUAUUUGCACCGUUAGAGGCCAAUUCAAUGAAGAUAUCAACUGAAUGUACUGAUCACGUAUUCUUCCUGGCUGCCUCGCAGGGUGGAGACUCAGCACCGUACUGGCUGAUGGCACAUUUUGGCUAUGGCUUGAAACAGGGAUCUGAUUUUUCAAGGUCAUUUUUGUUCAGAGUAUCAGGUUUUUGACACAUUACUUCAUAUAAUUUCUUACUAAAAUUCCACAUUUACAGCUUUUUUGGAGGGGGUUGCUGUGAUCACAUUCGUAUGAUAGGUUUUGCACACGCAUUUUCCUGCCUUUUCAGCUGAAAGCCAUUGUUUGACCUUACAUCUGAAUCCAUCAAUUUGGAAACAGUUUUUCAUGCUGGUGAGUAAAUUUCUUGUUCAGCUGUACAGCUAGCUGCUGAUUUGAGGACCACCAUUUUUUUCUUUUUCUUUUGGCCAAGCAUUUUCUCCAUGUUGACUUUAUAGUGUCAAAGUCGACUGCUUCACAUGGAUGCAUUAACGCAGUUGCAGGAAGUCGUAGUUACAGAGAAACAAGUGGACCUCAGCUAUUUUGAAUAAAUCUUCUGUCCAACA